UCUUUGAGCCAACAAAGGAGCAGGCAUCUUCUAGAUCACCAAGACACCCAAGAUGUGGAAGAAUGGCACAGAUGCAUCCUUCCCUUUGAGGGAAACGCCAGGCUCUCUUCCUAACAACUCAGCACAUUUGCAGUGUGUGGCUGAAGCAGCAUUCCAGCACUUACUGUUACCCAUCAUUUACAGCCUGGUUUGCAUCCUGAGCCUGGCCUCAAACGGCGUGGCCUUAUGGAGCUCUUGGGUCUACCGAGCCCAGGCCCCACCCAUCAUGAUCUUCAUCUACAACCUCAUUAUCAUUGACCUGCUCUUUGCCCUGUCGCUGCCAUCACAGGCAGUGUAUCAUGCCAGGCGCAAUGACUGGCCCUUUGGAGAAGGCCUGUGCAAGGUCACCAAUGCCCUCUUCCUGGCCAACAUGUUCAGCUGCACCCUUUUCCUGGCCUGCAUCUGCCUGGAGCGUUAUGUGGCUGUCCUCCAUCCUGUCUUCUACCUGCGCCUCAAAUGGCCUCUGUAUCGUGUGCUGCUCUCCAUGGCUAUCUGGUCUGUGGUAGGGAUUGGAUUGCUGAUCUUCUUCUCCAGGAACACCAUGACUCAUCACUUUUCCAACGGAAACACCGCUUGCAUGGAAAACUUCCCAGCCCAAGUUUGGAGUGGAAGUCUGGCAGCCAUGGUCCUAUCUUCCUCAGCCCUGGGCUUCUUCCUGCCCUUCCUUACUAUCAUUAUCUGUUCCAUUGUGAUUGCCCACCGAAUUAUGAAUCUGGGCCAUGGGACAAUGCAGGCAUCUUCAUUGCGUAGGCAUUCCCUUCAAACCCUCUUGAUGGUGACAAGCCUGCUCACCCUCUGUUUUCUCCCUUUUCAUAUCAUUCAUGUGCUACACACCCUGGGCCGUAUUGGCAUUCUUUCAGCUCCAGGAUUGCUGCACUUCACUUGCUCAGCCCAGCGUGCAGCUAUGGCCCUUGCUAGUAUCAACAGUGCUCUUGACCCCUUGGUAUACUAUUUCAACAUGAAGCCUGCAGACUGGAAGCUACCAUGCUGCGGCUCAGUCAGUCAAAAUCUUAUGGAGCCAGGUGAUAUUGUUAAUAGCCCAGGGGAGUCCCCUGGAAGGAGCAUAAUUCUUAGAGACUGAAUUUUGUCUACGGCUUCUUUCUAACAUCUAGGUGAAAGCGGACUCUUCCCCUGGAUAUUAUUGUAACCUAAGUUAUAUGCUCCUCUUUGGCAGAGAGACAGACUGAGAAAAAGAAGGAGAGAGAAAUUUUAUACAUGAGAUAUUGGUUUAAUGCUUGCCUUGAUUGGCAUGAUGCAUCAUUAGCCCAGCCUAUAUCAUGGCCUUGUCUAAGUUAAGGUAUAGGGGAAUGGAUGAAACUGUAUCUCCCAAUCUUGUCUUCACCAGAGUGUUUGUUCCACAGUUUCCACUGUCCCAAACAGCGCUCCAAUGGAUAAUGCUGGUUGGUCAUCACUCAGGUUAAAGACUAGAUUAGAAUGUUCUUUCAAGAUCAGAUAAGAACUGUAACCCAAGAACAACCAGUCUGAAGCAGUGGAAACAAAGACUGUUUAGAGAAGAGGACAGAAAAUAAAAAUAAACUAGGAAUCCAGACUAGAGCUAUCAGAUUCGUGUUGCAAUAAUCUGGGUUAGAACUGCCCCCCUUUUUCUCCCAUCUAAUGACAGAAUGUGGUUGCAGCCUAAUACAGAUGACAGCAGAAAAUAAUGGUUUGGGAAGCAACACAAAAUUGUGCUUGUUGUGACUCUAAUUGGGUUUCAUGUAUUGUGCUGAACAUAACAUAAUUUGGUUUGAGUUUUCUGUACUGUUCAAGUUAGCAUUGUGCUUUCUAAACUAUGAUUUUACAGCUUUGUGUAGUGUGUGAAGUCAACCGUUAUAAUUUAUUUAACAGAUUAUGGCUAACAAAAUCUUGGCAAGGAGAAACUUUGGCAGGCAAGACUCACAGUUCAGGAAUAAUGUGAGGCAAGGAAAGUUUAUCAUGUUAAUCAAGACUGGAAGCAUGGUAAUUGUUGGGAUUGUUACUUUCUAUUUAUAGAAAGAUUUUGGCUCAAGGUCCAGGUGAUUUUGGCUCAAGGUCCAGAAGAUUGAGAGAUAAAUAAGUAAUAAUCUGUACAAAUCAGCUCUGGAAAUACUUUGCAGGAUAUGGAUUAAUUUAUUACAUGUUAUCAUCUCCCAAUACAUUUCCCAGCCUAAUAGUUGAAGCAUCGAGAGCUACAACAGCACACAAGCUAUAAAAGACAUUCCACUCAACUACUUGAUUAAAAGUCCCCAUUAACAGGGUCCUGGUUAUACUGGCAUAGCAUGGUUUCUUCAGUUCUUACCACUGCCAAAUCUGGACAUAUGUCAGAACCUGGUCUUUUACAGAAUCUUGAUCAAUAUCCAUUUGGGGAAGAAGAUCUGGAGAAAAUAUAAAGCUUUCCAUUUGCAAUUGCUAAGAAGGUUACACAUAAACAGCAUUGUCCAUUGGUGUUUAAAUGGAUUUUAAGACAGACUUCUUAUAAUGUGAGAUUUAUAUGGAUAAAGUGUGAUGAUAUACAAAGGGUCCUACUUCUUCAACAGUACUCUCUGGAUACUACAAACGAAACACAUCUAUUA